AUAUUUCCCCCCAAGAAGUAAAAAGUCAUAGAGGGUUAAUAAUAUUUAACUUAACUGGGUUUGAAUUGUGUCACUUUUUUUCUUGAUGUCUUCAAAUGGCCAAAUGUUAACAUUCCAUCAAGGUUUGUAUAUAAUACAUAAUCUGUUUUCUCUUUUAAAAAAAAUUUAUUGUUUGAGUGACAUUACUGUAAAUGGAGAAUAGAUUUAAUGAUGAUUUCCAAUUUUUUUCCCAUUUUCUUUAGGAUUUUUUUUUACAAAACAAAGCUACUACAAAUUAAGAAUAAAAUUGAAAACAGUUAUAUAAAAAAGAUUUUUAAUCUCUUAGGAGCACACAGCUUAUUUUUCAUUCUACCAAACUUUGUAUUUUCUUCCUUCUUCACAGAUGAAUCGAAGGGUUAAGAAAGUUAAGACGGAAGAAGCUGGACUUUCAGAGACGCCUAAGCAAACACCACUGAAAGUGAAGCAUGAGAAAGGAAAUGAUUCUCCGGUUAGCCAUUCCCAUCGCUUCACAGUAAAAUUCACCAUCGACUGUGAUCAACCGCGCUCAGUCCUGGAGGCAAUAAAAUGCAGUCUUGACACAACUGAUAAGAUGAUAAAAUGUGCAGAUGAGAACAUUGUCAUUCAGUUGGGUAAAAAAGAUAGGGAUUCUGUGGUUCCGACACAUUUCCCUUGCUCUUGCGUUGGUGAUGGGGAGUCAGUGAUUAUACAUUAUAAAGAAAAGGAGAAGAUUGAAGUAGUUCAGGAGCAGCAUGACAAAACCAUACACCCUAGAGAGGAGUAUUCUGUCUUCUACAUUGAUACAGUUGGAGGUCUGAACACUAAAACAAAGGAUUUGUUCAGAAGCAAAAUGAUCAAACAGUUCAAGUAUCUCUGUGUUUACGGGGAAAAGGGGAUGACUAUAGAGGAGGCUCUGAAGCGUGAUGGUCGAUUCAUUGACCAUCUCGGAGAAUUCACAUUAUCCGAUAACGACAACCCCGACCGCCUCACUGUGCGCACACAGAAGGUGGACAGCCUCCACCAGAAGGCUUUCAAGAUAUGUCUUCCACUGAACAAACAAGAGAGUGUUGAAAACCCAGCACGCUCCAUCCUAGAUGUUGCUCUUGAGAGUGGAAUUAGCGUUAAAAAGGCGAUUGAACAGCCAGGCAGCAGCGUUAAUGUUGAUGAGAUUUACGAACUUCUGCAUCAGCAGUUUCCAGAUCUGAAAACAUGGAUGGAGAGCAAGUUCCCUGGUGAUUCUUAUCAGCAAGCGCUGAACCUGAGAAAUGAGAAGUUUGGAAAGAUCCAGCAAUCUUUCUGUGAAGUUCAUAGAAUUGAGAAGUUGCUGAAAAUUGGCAAAUCUGUCUGUAAAGUCAUUGUUUCCGAUGUUUCUCAGGGAACAGGCUUUGUGCUGUUCGACAGGUUUAUCCUGACCAGUGCAAACUUGUUUAAAGGGUGUGUCCAAGGAAACACCCUAGAGGAUCAUAUAAAUGUCUCUGCUCUCUUUUACUAUGAUGAUCCUGAGCCAGAGACAAAUUUAUUUUCCUUCUCUGCUGAGAAAAUAUUUGUUGACAUUGACGAUGAGCUGGAUUAUGCCGUACUUGAGCUCAAACCUGAGGGCCAAAGAUUCAGCCCGAAAACCAAAAUAGAAAACGUCAAAGUACCACCAGGGCUGCUGAACAAAUUCGGACCGCUUCCUAGAAAUGGCGAGGCCUGUCGCAUUGGCUACCCUGCAGGAGGCGUGAUGAAAAUCAAUCCUGUAUGCAUCAUCGAGCCAAAAGACAGAGAACAGGCUGUCAAAAAUCAUUUAGCCAAAUACAAAGACUUGAUGAUCACCCUUCAAUCCUUAAGUGUUGUAAUCAAGAACCAAGGGAUCGAUGACAUAAUGUUGGGUGGCAAAAAAGCAGAAAAGAUGGCAAAUUACCACACUUUCAUGUAUCACAGCGCUUCUGGCUCUCCAGUGUUUGAUGCACAUGGUCAGCUUUUUGGGCUUUACACUGGAGGAUUCUACUAUGGGCUACCAAAGAUGGAAGACAGCGUCAUUGAGUACGCCCAUCCUCUGCUUGCUGUGUUUGAAAAAUUUGUGAGUAAUCUGAAGAAAAGUAAAAAUGAUGAGAUGCUGCAAAAGCUUAAAGAGGCAGUGGCAGAGAACCAGCACCUGAAACAGAUACUCCAGAUUGAGUUAAUGGAGGUAGAUUCGAUUGACUGUGGACAUGCUACAGAUGCAGAUUUCCAGUCAAAAUAUUAGACCUACAUCUUUGACUUUCACAAUAUGAAUACAAUAUACCUUGCCAUUCAUUUGCUACACCUGCUUAAUCACCGAGUCAUGGAUAGCAUAAUGCCCAUCGUUAGCAGGCUUCAGUUGCCGGUGUAGGUACCAGACCGGCUCCGGUGGUCAGAUCGGUCUCGGGGGCCUGCGCCUACAGAUGACGUCACUUUAUAUGAUUGGUUUAACGUUUGUAAAAUUACACAAAACAUUGUGAUUGGUCUGGACAACUUACAAAAGUAAUUAUAGCGGG